GCGGUUGCAUGUGGGAGAGAUACAACCAACCAAAUGAUCAGAAAAAUGCAGAAACCGCAUUAAACAUUCUUGCAUAGAUACAACCAAUAAAAUGAAAUCAACAUGGCCAGCGACAGCAAGUUACAAUCAGAGCCAAGUGUCUCACGCACUGCGAGGUAUUGGAGCCAUCGUCCUCCCUCUACGUAUUGCCUCAAGAUCGAGUCUUUCGAGGAACUGCAAAAUUCCGAUAGCACUGAGAAGUAUGAAUCAUGUCCCUUCACUGCGGGUGGAUACAAUUGGACGUUAAUUCUCUACCCAAAUGGAAACAAGCGUGAAAAUGGGACUGGGUACAUUUCUCUUUACGUGGCUAUCGACAUUUCAUGCUUCAAAACUGCUCCUCGUGAGGUCUAUGCAGAUCUGAAUUUUUUCAUCUACAACAAGAAGGAGAAUAAAUACUUGACAAUACAAGUUGGUACAGAAGUGCAAUGCUUCUACAUGUUGAGAACAGUGCAGGGAUUCUCUCAAGUGCUUGCAAUUGAUAACUUCAGUGAUCCCGCAAAUGGAUAUCUUUAUGAUGGAGGCCACUGUGAGUUUGGUGUUGAUGUUUUUACUACUCCUCCCUUCCACCAAUGCGAAGUCUUCUCGGUUACUAAGAAAUUUGAUAGCCCCAAAUUCACCUGGAGGGUUAAGAAUUUCUCGACACUGUCCAAAGAUGUAAACAAAUCUGAGGCGUUCUCCAUGGGAAAAAGAAGCUGGGUUUUGGAUUUGUAUCCACGUGGGACUGGCAGCGGAAAGGGCAAUUGGGUAUCGCUAUUUGUGGAAUUAGGUAGGAACGAAGUAUUGAAGCCCGGGGAGAAGGUUUAUGCUCGUUACAAGCUGCGAGUUCUUGACCAAAAGCAAUCCAAUCAUAAAGAAAGUACAGCUGAGUAUUGGUUCGAGAAACCGAAUUAUGAUUGGGGAUACCCGCAGUUUGUUUCUUUAUCCGAUCUCCGAGAUUCCUCCAAAGGUUUUAUCAUGAAUGAUGAGUUGGUGGUUGAAGUCGAAUUUGAAGCUCUUUCUGAAACCAACUACUUUUCCUCAAACACAGAAUGAGUACUGUGUGGAUUCUACAUUCUACAUCGAAGCUGAAGUCAGUAUAAUACUAUCUGCUAUAUCAAAGAUGCCAUUACAUUAUUGUGCAAAAGGAAGCUUCCUUGACAAUGGCUUUGUUUUGUAGUAUUAUGCCCUUUGUAUGUGGUUUUAUCAAUCGAUGAAACAAAGAUAUAUCAGAAGUUUCAAAAUAAUAUCAUAAAAUACAAAACUGAGUUAUAGUUUA